AAUGACGUCAUUUGUUUGGAUUGCACCACAACCAGGAAAUGAUUGAAAUGUUGACUGAGAAUUGGUUUAAAAUCACUUUUCUGGCUAUUUCACAAACAUACGAUUGAAGCCGACGAAUCAGAAGGUUCUCUAGAGCAGUUAGUCAACUCCACAAGGACAAGCUGUUGUUAUUCUGCAAAGUGAAGGACAACUUUAAAGAGAUCAUGGCGUCCACCGUCGAAUCCCAGAAAUCUGAAGUUGAAGCACUCUCGGCCAAGUAUGGUAAAGAAUGCCGUGUGAUUGCUGAUGUUGGGGACUUCACUUACAUUGUCACGAUUAAGCUACCUCAAGUAUCGCUGAAAUUCCAGUUGGAUGUUUCCUAUCCUAAAUUGGCACCGCAGAUAAUUGCAUCCUCCUCCAUCCACAAAGAAAAUACCCUGCACGAUUUGACAAGUCGUCUCUUAGAGGAAACCCUAUCUAGAGUGGGCGGGGCUAUGAUUGAUAGCCUUGUAAGCGUAGCAUCGGAUUGGCUAAAUGAAGUGGCACCAGUAAUGGAGGUUAACGUUGACGAAACCAAAACCAAGAAAAAAGGCAAACAAAAAGGAAAGAAAAAGACAAAAUCGAAAAAUGAAGACGUGGAUGAGACUCUUCAUAAGAAACCUUCGAUGAAAACGGCGACUGAUGUCAUCUCGCGCAUAAUGUGGGACGACUCUUUAGAAAAGGAUGAUUUUCUUGUCGGGUAUAUUGAUCGUUUCCGUGGUUUAUUGGAGAGGUCGUUUGCGGAGUUUUCUUGGGAGGAUUUGGCGAGUGUUGAUUAUGAUGUUCUAGCGAUUCCAAAGCAUCGAAUUGAAUAUUUUAAGUAUAAGGAGGUGAAAGUUUGGGACAAGCCAUCUCGGGUUGAUAAUGUGUUUGGGUCGUCCGGGGACAAGAAACUGACCAUUCAGAAGGUGAUAGCCAACUAUGACGAGGAACGUGCAAGACUUCCAGCAGCGUCUGAGGGUGGGGUUGCUGGGAACCUGGUUGUUCAGGAUGACGUGUCAUAUGACAGUGACAGCGAUAGUGAUGAUGGAAUAGUUGUGUCAAUAGGGGGCGCUAAUAAUGACUGCGGCUAUGAGGACCAGGAGACAGAUUCUGACGAUUUCUCAUCUGAAUCGUGGGGAAAUAAACUGCGUCCGAAUUACUUCAUAGCGGUCAGAAUCACCGACCCUGAAAUCAUAGGGAUGGUGAGUCACAUCCAAGACGUUCUUAGUGAGAGGGAGCCCCGCUACCAGGAGUGCUGCAUUGGUCCAAAAGCCCUACACGUCACAUUGUGUACCUUAAGAAUCGACACUCAAGAACAGUUGGCAGAUGUUACUGAUCAAUUACGCUCUGAAGCACAGGAACUGAAGUCAUCUGCUCGAGGUUUGAAACUCAAAUUCGAAGGAAUUGACAAUUUUUUCCACCGAGUUCUAUAUGCGAAGGUCCAUCAUGGUGACGACUUUACAGCAUUCGUCGAUGAAGUGAAAUUGGUUUUGAGAACUGGCGGGAUUGAGAUACGUGAUAAUUAUGACUUCGUUCCUCACAUGACUUUGAUGAAAGUUUCUCGUCCUGUUGCCAGGGCGAUGGGUACAAAGAACAUCAGUCCUCACAUCUAUUCCGGGUCGGAGGAUAUUAUUUUCGGGGAGCAGAUGGUGGAUGCGCUGCAUCUCUGUUCCAUGAAGGAGGAGAAAGGAGCUGAUGGGUUUUAUUACUGCCCUCUGUCACUUCCGUUCUAACCCGUUCUUUAUGCACAAGCAUAAUACCCGUGGCGCGGAUUGUUUUAGGGUGUUGGCUUACUGUGGGGUUGGGGCAAUUUGGGUGAAAUGAAAUUAUAUAUCUGGGGGUUGUGAUGUUGUCUUGAUUUUGAUAUGCGUAAAAUAGGUUGAUGUGUGAUGUGGAGCACUCCGCGCCGACCCAAGUGUUUACAAAUCGAACAUGAUGAUUUGGGGGGAUGAUUUUCCUCCAAAUUACUUACACUAUACGCGUUUUUGGCCAAAACGACCGGAAAAAUCAAACUCCACCGCUCUUCAAAGUGGUCUCGACUUAUUUUGACGAACUAUUUCGUGAAUGGUGAAGAGUUGGUAUGCAGACAUCCAUAGCAUGUUGUCUAAGCAUGCCUAUUGCCCUCAGAAACUUUCGUUUGAUCUAAAUACUAUAGAUAGCGAAACUUUUGAAUAUCAUUUGGUGGUUGAGAUAAAAAUAAGCACUGUUUAGCAUUGCUAUCUACUGCUACGCAUGGCUGGCUGAAAAAUGGCUUCUGCAGCAAAAGGUAUUCAACCAGAUGCACUCCACUCGUCACAAGAAAAUUUGUAGUUCUUUUCUCACCAUGCAAAUAUACUCCCUUGAUGAAGGUUGUGAAAUCACAAAUCAUUUUGCAUCAUGUGGAAAUAUCAUGGGUGAUAUGAAUAAAGAGUAGUAAAUGCUUUCAUCUAAAACUCCAUGUACAUUUACACUUGGCCUUUCUGUACAAAAUUGAAGUAAAAGCAUUUGCUAGCCUUUAUUCAUAUCACCCAUGGUGUUUGAUUUAUUCAAAUCAGUCCUACAUUUAUGAGGACGAUGUCACAACCAGAAGACCAGGAUAGAUCAUUGUGAUUUAAAAAACUAACUAAUUAAUUAAAGCAAUUGUAAAUGUAGGAAUAGCAAAAGUAGCAUGACUGUGAUACAUUGUGUCCACUCUAUAUAAUAGUUUGUAAUUAUAUUUUAUUGUAAAAUUGGUGUCAUUUAAGUUUGUCCACAAUAAAAUGAUGAUACUAUAGAA